AUGACUCCUGGAAAUACAUUAAAGUUAGAAGUCAACAGACAGUGCGGUAAGGAUGGAACAUGUAACUGUAACGAGAGACCAACCGGUAUAGAAGCCAAGAAGGAGGAUAGUAUUGAAAAUGUCACAGGUUUUGUUGCCCUUACCCAUGAUCGCAAGGGAAUACCGUUCAUCCUAAAGAAACGUAUAGAUGGAAAUGAGAGACUUGAGAGUGAUAAGCCCAUAGAAGAUGUUACAAAAGUCUCAGUCUAUUACUGGGAUGAAGAUACUAGCUAUGAUAAACCCCUCCUUAUGGAGGUUAUCAAGAGCGGUGGUCCCCAAAAUGUAGAGUACUACUAUAAGUCUGAGGAUCAUGAACAGAGUGGUGCUGAUCCAAAUAUCUGGAAACAAUAUAUCGCUGGUUCUGGUACACCACUACAAGCUAUCUUGGAUGACAGAAAUUGUGUUGUGCAUAACGUAAUUCCAUUGGUCCUUGAAACUCCGGAGCAGGGUAUAGGUAUUGAGACAAAUUGUACAAAAAGUAAAAAGGUGGAAGCUGUCGGUGGAGGUGUUCAGCUCACUGGGAGCGAAUAUAUGGUCACAGAGUACAAGAGUUCUGGUUCUGGAACUGGAAUUUCCAGAGUAGAAUAUGGAAAGAAGAAGAUAAGUGGUGUAAAAAUUCCUUCUGGUGCUCUCGACAAAAUACGAUUCUACUCAUCAACAUCCGUCGACGGAGAUAUGCCUAUCAUGUUUAACUUGAACCUGAAGAAUGGAGAAAAAAGGUGGUUUUACAAUCAAAGCACUGGUGGUACUAAAUGGCAGGAAACUGGUGGUAACAGAUUCUAUACUAUAGAUGGUAAACCUACUGAAAAUCUUGCCAAACAGUUGGAUGGAUUCGCUUGUAAGUACCACAAAGCAGUUACCAUGGAUCUCACCAAAGGUGCCUCUGAAAAAAAGGAGAAAGACUGCUCCAAUGGUAAGAGUCAAAAUAUAUCUGUUACCACUGGGGAGAUUAUGAGAGAUGGUGGUAGAAAUAUGAAGUACACCAAGUACUCCAUCACUGAUCCUAAACAUAAGUUGGUUGAUAUCAAGUUUUAUCAUAAUGGUGAUGAGAAUCAGAGAAGACAUGUGAAAUCUAAUUCAUUAAACUUUCCCAUAGAAGGCCCAGUAGAUAUCUACACUUUCUACUCCAAUGGUAGUACGGAUCCAAAACUCGUUUACAUUCACAAAGAAGGGAAAUCUAAAGCUUAUGGAUGGUAUAGAAUGCAAACUAACGAUGGUCACAAUAAGAAAUGGCUAAGAAUACCCCGCACUCUCAAGAGUAUUAAACAUAACCAUAUAGAGGAAAAAAAACUCAACUGUAAACAAUGGAGCGAUCUUGCAAAAGUACUUAAGCAUGAUACUGCUGGCUUCCAAAACUGUCAAGAAUCUGUUGCCGAAUCUUCACAAGUAGCACGGACUGAUGAUGGACAAGAACUAGGACCCCCUGAGGAUGAGGUAGAUGAACAAUCUGGUGAUGAAUACGACCAAUCUCUAGCACAAGAGGGUAAUCCUACUAGCGAAGAUAAUUCAGAAGAUAAAAAAGAAAAACUUGAACCUGAUGCUAGUGGUAGUCAUAGUAAAGCUGAUGGUAAAACUAGAUCAAUCCCUAAUGUAGGUAAAGAAGCUGAUCAAGAACCUCUAGAGCCUCCAGGAACUCUACCAAAGACUCCACUUUCAGCCGAAAAAACUCCAGUCAAGAAAAAGGUUUCAGAAUCCAAGGAGUCACCGUUACCUCAUGAGUUGAUCUCUGGAGAAACGGGGCGAUCUGAAGAUUUUCGAAGAUGGCAAAGGAACCAAAUGGGAGAAAAUCCACUCUUGGAUCCAUAUUAUGAAGACUUGAUGAAGAAGAAGAAGAAGGAAAAGGAAGAACAAGAACAACUACAAAAACAAGAGGAGCUUCAAAAGAAAACAGAAAAGGAAGGAGGACUAGGCUCUGCUGAAUCUGCUUCUACUGCUCAAACUGAAGCUAAAGUUAUUCCUGGUUCUAAUCUUCAAGCCGAAGGUGCUAGAUCUGCUGGUGAAAAGGUUGAAAGCAGUGAUGGAAAUACUUGGACUGAAGUUACUGCUAGUCAAUCUAGUAGUGGAGCUCCUCCUGGAGGAUCUCAAUUCAAAACUCCCGAUGGUGCUCUACUUACUGUUGUUGAUACUUUUAAACAGAUAGCUUUUGCUUCUCUAUCUCUUACUGAAUCUGGUCCUGGACUUGGUGAAGAUGCUGGUAAAGAAGCUAGUAAAGAGUGA